GUGUCUCAGAGCCGGAUGUGGAUCACGGGUUCGCAGUCUGAAGUAUGGCGGCGUCAGAAGAGGUGACGUUUUUCGUUGUAAACAACAUUCCCGCUCAGUUCCGAUCCGCAGAGCUGAGGAACUAUUUCAGUCAGUUUGUCGAGAGUAAAGGGUUCGCGUGUUUCCAUUACCGCCAUCGACCGGAGCUUCGCUUGCAGGCCGCGGACAAUAACGGAUCUCGCGAGAGGAGCGCGGAGGGGAAGACUUGUUGUUGUGUGGUAUCAGUUCGCUCUCGGGAAUCUGACAGGUUCGUGACGAUGUAUUUGGGGAACCACUGGAUCGACUCUAAAGGAAACUGGCUGAGGAGAAAGUGUUUGAUCCGGAGAGUCAGAGUAUCGGAGCAGGCCGAGCAUGAUUCAUUCCCGUACAAGACGAAGGCCGAGAUGAGACGGCACGUUGCCCAAUCAGAGCACUUCACACUGUCGGACCUCAAGGGCCUGCCGGAGCUCAAUCCGCCCUCCCUCAUGCCGGCCGGGAACGUUGGCACCCCUGUCAGUGUUUUCCUGGAGCUCAUCCAAUCCUGCCGUCUGCCGCCGCGGCUCAUCCGCAAACUAGGGCUCACGUUCCCCAAGACGGGCUCGAGUCGCCGCUACGGGAACGUGCCCUACAUGUAUCACAACACGGCCAUUGUGAGCCCCUCGCAGGAGAGCGUCUUCACCGCCGGAGGAGUCGAGAUCUCGAGGCCCGGCCGCCUGUACAAGCCCACAAGCUCACAGAGAGAAGAUAAGGACAAGCCCACAAGUUUACAGAGAGAGGAUAAGGACACGCCCACAAGUUCACAAAGAGAAGAUAAGGACACGCCCACAAGCUCACAGAGAGAAGAUAAGGACACGCCCACAAGCUCACAGAGAGAAGAUAAGGACACGCCCACAAGCUCACAGAGAGAAGAUAAGGACACGCCCACAAGCUCAAAGAGAGAAGAUAAAGACACACCCACAAGCUCAAAGAGAGAAGACAAGGACACGCCCACAAGUUCACAGAGAGAAGACAAGGACACGCCCACAAGUUCACAAAGAGAAGAUAAGGACACACCCACAAGCUCACAGAGAGAAGAUAAGGACACGCCCACAAGAAGCUCAGAGACCGAUGAAAAGGACCCGCCCAGUUCUCCACUUGUCAAUGAAGAGUCACAGGAAUCAGGAAGUGAAGAGGAGCUGUCCGACCCUGAUGAUGACGAUGACCGCUGUGAGGAGUGGGAGCGUCACGAGGCCCUCCACGAUGACGUCACCAGUCAGGAGCGCUCUAAAGAGAGGCUGUUUGAGGAGGAGAUCGAGCUCAAGUGGGAGAAGGGCGGAUCGGGCCUCGUCUUCUACACAGACGCUCAGUUCUGGCAGGAGGAGGAAGGAGAUUUCGAUGAGCAAACAGCAGACGACUGGGACGUGGAUAUGAGCGUCUACUAUGACACAGACGGAGGAGAUAUGGACUCCAGAGAUUAUGUGCGCAUGCGCUCUGAGAGGAGGCUGCGGGACGGUCUGGAGGGUCUGCCGGGACGCCAGCAGAAAAUCGGCAGCUUUGAGCGCUUUACAAAGGGAGUGGGCCGGCGUGUGAUGGAGAAGCAGGGCUGGAGGGAGGGAGAAGGGCUCGGGAACAGCCAGAGGGGAAUGUCGGAAGCACUGGAGAACGAAGGCCAGCAUCCCAACUGUAAGAGAGGCUUCGGGUAUCACGGAGAGAAGCUCAGCUCAUACCUUCCACUUAAAAAGCCCAGAAAAGACUUUCACAUCUCCACAGUUUAUGAUGAACCUAAAGACAUUGAUAAAGGCGAUGAAGUGCUGCGGCGUCAACCUGGCACCAGCCUGAAGUACAGACACCGCUGAACCGUGAUGCGCACUACUGAGACGUCCGUCUGCUGAAACAAUGACUGUUUUUACACAGAGCUCUGCAUUAUUAUUCUGUAACUAUUGUAUUAAAGUUUUCAACAGAAAAAAA